AUGCCCAUGACUGCGCCGGCCCAUAGCACACCAUAUGACUAUGGUGCGCCGGGGCAGUGGGCACAUGUUGCACCGGUGCCGAUGCCGGUGCCGCCAUUGAUGGUGUCGCUCCAGUCACUGAUAAAUCGUUUAACGGUGCGCAGCCCCCACCACCCGGUGUGCCACUGGGGUAUCCUGCGCAGCCGCCACCACCACCCGGUGUGCCACUGGGGUAUCCUGCGCAGCCGCCCCCACCACCCGGUGUGCCACUGGGGUAUCCUGCGCAGCCGCCCCCACCACCCGGUGUGCCACUGGGGUAUCCUGCGCAGCCGCCACCACCACCCGGUGUGCCACUGGGGUAUCCUGCGCAGCCGCCCCCACCACCCGGUGUGCCACUGGGGUAUCCUGCGCAGCCGCCACCACCACCCGGUGGUGCAGCCCUAUAGUGCGCCGCCGCCAUAUUAUGGUAUGCAAUAUGUGUAUGCUACGCCGCCAUAUUAUGGUGUGCAACACAUGUAUGCUGCGCCGCCCUAUAGUGCGCCGCCGCCAUAUUAUGGUAUGCCACCGCCACAGCAGGCUCCAUUGCCGCCACAGCAGGCUCCAUUGCCGCCACAGCAGGCCCCAUUGCCGCCACAGCAGGCUCCAUUGCAGAUUCCGCCACAGCAGGCUCCAUUGCCGCCACAGCAGGCUCCAUUGCCGCCACAGCAGGCUCCAUUGCAGAUUCCGCAACAGCAGGCUCCUUUGCCGCAACAACCGGAUCCAUUGCCGCAACAACCUGAUCCAUUGCCGCAACAACCGGAUCCAUUGCCGCAACAACCUGAUCCAUUGCCGCAACAACCUGAUCCAUUGCCGCAACAACCGGAUCCAUUGCCGCAACAACCUGAUCCAUUGCCGCAACAACCUGAUCCAUUGCCGCAACAACCUGAUCCAUUGCCGCAACAACCGGAUCCAUUGCCGCAACAACCUGAUCCAUUGCCGCCACCCCCACAACUACCAGAUUCACCACCCCCAACGCUGCCACAAACACCACCUCCACCGCGAAAGCCCCCGACGAAGCCACCGCCAAGAAGGAAGAAGUGGGUGCCACACACGCAUGUAGAUGGCAGUGGUCGGCGCUGGUCAACGAUGGCCAACCAGUGCCACCACUGCUAUGGGAAAUUGAAUAGGCCAUCACGUUUGGUGGAACAUUUGAAGGUGUGCCUUUCACAGCCCAAGAGUAGUGCCUGUUUGUGGUGCCCAUACAUAAGCAAGGCGAACGUGGGGUCGCACCACCAGUCUUGCCAAGGAAAGCCUGGGCACCAGUACGUGGCAGUGGGGGAGCAGCGGCUGCAGCGCGACAGGUGGGCGGAAGCAAUUAAAAAAUCAACAUCAGCUUCACAAAGGGAUGAAGCGCCCACGCAGUCGUCGCCCCCUCCUUCAACGACAUCACCGUCAACAGGAUCUCCAUCACCGAAACGAGAACCGACACAGGUUCAGUUAUCGGAACUUUUUAACAUUGAUGGAGAUUUAUUUGAUCAUUCUUCAAACAAUUUGGCCAAAGUAACUUGUACUAUUGUCCAAAACUGGUCGAUUUAAUUUUAACUAAAUAUGUUUUUGCUCCAUAUUGGACAAAUUUAAUGGGUAUUUUUAUUGAUACCUUCAAUAAAAGAGUGAGUAAUGGGCCCAUUGAA